AUGCAGGAGAUUGAUGAGAUAAGAAGACAUACCCCUACUAGAUUACAGCAGAGAUUCUCUCUAAUUUUGCAAGAUUUGAAAAGUCAGCUGAACUACAUAGACGACACCAUUAGUACCAGCCAAUCUGCCUCUGAUAUUGCUCACAUCCGAACGGAUUCAUUUUCAAAGAUUGAUUCAUAUCGACACUGGGCCAUUGAUUGUCCGAUUGAUGAUUAUGCUGAUGAGCCUCAAGAGCAGUGUGCCGAAUGUGGCGCCGAGUUGGAUGACUUAUGCCAACUCUAUAGAGAGAAAGCGCUCUGCUCCCAAUGCUUCCUGAACAGCGAAAUUGUCGCGGUUUGCAACGCUUGCCAUGAGGCAAUAGAAGGUCGGGUUGUCAAAGCUCUGGGAAAAACAUGGCAUCCACAUCACCUCGUUUGCAGUAAAUGCGAAAUGAAUCUCAGUGGAGGUCCAUUCUACGAAGAGAAUGGGAAACCGCUGUGCUUUCACCACUUCCGCAAUAUCAACAAAGAGGCCUGUCAUAAAUGUCGAAAUCUCCUUCCCGAGAGUGUCGUGGAAUUUAGCAAUAAGCUCUACUGCCCGGAUCACUUUGACUGUGAAUUUUGUGAUUCACCUCUCAAAUCAGGGUGA